AUGGGCAAAGCUUCAUCGACGUCGUCAGAGAACACGGUGGAAACCAAUGUGGAUCUGAACCCAGAGCCAGCUAAAAAUGGCAAACGACGUGGAAGCGGCCAAUCUUCGGCUUUAGGAUCAGUUCGGUCGAUUACUCAAGCUAUCUCGGUACGUUUUUUACUAAAUGCUUGACAUUUGUGUCACAGAACAGGGCUUGUAACAAAAUGCCAAGAAAUGCAAAAAUGGCGAGAAUUUGAAAUUGUUUGAAAGUGAGGGUUAAAAUUAUAUAAAAAAACGUUUUAGUAGUAUUUUUGAUUAUUUUUUGAUUUAAAACAGUUCAAAAAGUCAUUAUAAAAGCUUGCAACACAAUGCCAAGCUUUCGAAAGUAGCGGGAAUUCGAAAAUUUAAAAACAAAACUAAAUAUAAGCCACGAAAACCUUACGUCAUUUUAGUAAAAUCUUGUUUUGGUCUAAUUUCACUUAAUUUUAGGCCUCCCUCCGCCGCCACCGUGAAGAAGGUGAUUUCACUCUCGGCUGUACCAAAGUCUUCAAAACUCGUACCAGAUUCUUGAUAAUGAUAAUGGUACUAUUGUGUUUGGCUAGUGUUUGGUCAAAUAUCUUGGCUUUUAACUUCGCGGUCAUUUGUUUUGGUGAACAUGACAAUUCUACUUCAAAUGCGACAGAUUUCGCUUCGAGAGCCACGAUAUUUACCGGUCGGGAAAAGAGUUACCUAACGUCGGCCGUUGCGGCCAGUGCUUUGGUCGCCAACUUUGUUAUUGUUAAUUUGGUAAGGAAGAACCACUAAAAAAUUUUUUUUUUGAAAAUUUUAAGAAAACUUUAAAAAUAAAAAAAAUUUUAGUUUUUUUUGAAAUUUUAAAAAUAAUUUUAAAUUUCAGGUCAGUCGAUUCGGCACUCGCACCAUCUUCACCUUCCUUGGCCUCCUUUCAGCCGCCGCCACUGCCGCCCUUCCUUACUGCAUAGUAAACGGCUUUUACUACACGUUGGGAGCGCGUAUCUUGCAAGGAGUGGCGUUUGCUUGUAACUUCCCGGUGAUUGGAGCCUUUACCUUCAAAUGGACAUACUACAAACAAAAUGGAUUGUUUGUCUCGGUUCUUGUGGCUUAUGUUCAGUUGUCACCCGCCUUGACUAUGCCAAUUAGUGGAGCGUUGUGUACCAGUCCAUGGAAGUGGCCUAGCGUGUUCUAUUUCCACGCGAUCUUCAGCACUUUCAUGUUCAUACUGUUUGGUACUUUCUAUCGGAAUAGUCCUAGUAAGUCUAAUUUGCAUAUAAAGAUAGACAGGCAUGGGUAAAGAAGGGUAGAUAGUGUGGGUAAGGAAGAGGAUAUGGGGUCUGUUUGGCACUGCCUUUGCUCUGCCUUUUCAUACUCUGUAAUGUAUAUUAAUCACAUAUGUUAACUUUAAAUUCAAUUUUCAGGAAAACAUCCCUUCGUAGGCCAAGUUGAGCUUGGCAAAAUCGCAGUAGGCAAAACAGAAAUGUCGAAGAAAGAACAACGCGCCAUUCCGUACAAAGAAAUCCUAACCACGCCAUCAGUUUGGGCAGUCUGGCUAGCUGCUUUGGGUAACUUCAUGUGUGUCAAUAUGAUGUUCCUCUACUCUCCCACCUACAUGAAUGCUGUGCUACACUUCCCCGUACACAGUAGUGGUAUCUCAAGUGCUGUAGCGCCAUUGGCUCAGUUCCUACUCAAACUUUUGGCCGGAUUCUCUUCUGAUAAGAUCAAAUGCUUAUCAGAAACGAACAAACUUCGAACUUACAACUCGAUCGCCUUCUUUGGAAGUGCUGUCUUCUUGACGGUUUUGGCCUUCUUCCCUACUAGUAUACCUACAGCAUGCUUGUUCAUCUUCGGGGUGGCUGCUGGAGCUCUUGGCUUCACAACUGGGGGAUUCUUCAAGGCAGGGCCAUUGGUUUCAAAACAAUACAGUCAUUUCGUUACUGGUAAUAUUUCUCUUGGUAAGUUGGAAACGGACUUUUUUUGCCUGAGGGUGUAAACGUAAAGGUCAAAUUCAUUUUGCAGCAAUUUUAAACAUGAACGAUAAUUUUAAAACUUUCCGAUAACUUUUGUGACAUUUCGUUACAAAAUCAAGGAAAAUUAAAGACUAAAAAAUUUUAAAGUUUUGUUUAUAUUAAGGUUAUUUUGAUUUAUUUUUUGACAAACUUUUGUCAUCAAUAAGUUUUGUGACAUUUCGUAUCUUUUCCAAUAAUUUUUCUGACAUUUCGCAAACCUUAAGAAUUAUUUUUCUUUUGUAUAUAAAUUAUAAAAAUAUUAUUCAAAAAAACGUUAAAUUAUAAUUUAUAAACUUACUUUUGACUUUUUAGGUAUUACCAUAACAAUGUUGAUUGUGCCAUUCCUGGUUGAUGGUAUAGCCAAGGAGAACACUCCAGAACAAUGGCGAAUCGUGUUCUUGACUAUGUCAGUGAUACUGUUCAUAUCAAAUUGUAUCUUCUGUAUUAUGGGCUCAGCUGAUCCGGCCCCAUGGACUGGCAAUGAGUUCUCUCGAGAGCCAUCCAAGCAUCGAUCGAACACCGUUCAGCCAAUCAAUGUGCCUGGGCUGCAGGCUAAAGUCAGCAUGGGCUAA